GAUGCGUCCUGGCAUGUGAUCCCACUUUGGAUCAAAUCGAUCUCACCCCCUCCCCACUGCCGCAGCCCUACAUUAAACUUUCCAUGCUGUUGCCCGUCCAAUGGACAGCACAUAGGAGGUUCGUCUGGACAGUAUCAGCUCUCGCUCCGUCGCCCGCUGCGCUCCGGCUAUCCUCCAUCGUCGGCUCUUCAGGCUUCAGAGGCUCUCGCGCGGCGCGGGGAGCUGGCUCGGGUCUCCUGCACGCAUGGAGGGAGACGUUAUGGACAAAGUUGAAGCCACGGCGACGGUCCGUGACUUCGACCCCAUCAGUGGGAGCAUCCCGGCAACCAAAGUAGAGAUCACCGUGUCCUGCAGGGACCUCUUGGACCGCGACACUUUCUCCAAAUCUGACCCAUUGGUGGUGUUGUACACGCAGGGUGUGGAGUGCAAACAGUGGAGAGAGUUUGGGAGAACAGAAGUGAUAGACAACACGCUAAACCCAGACUUUGUCAGGAAGUUCAUCCUCGACUACUUCUUUGAGGAGAAGCAGAACCUGCGCUUUGACGUAUAUGAUAUUGACUCUAAAAGUCCAGAUCUGGCAAAGCAUCCAACCGACUUUAACGACUUCCUGGGACAGGUCCAUUGUACUCUGGGGGAGAUUGUGGGCUCACCUGCCAGUCGCCUGGAGAAACCUCUGGGUGGCAUACCUGGGAAGAAAUGUGGGACCAUUAUCUUGUCAGCUGAGGAGCUAGGAAACUGCAGAGAUUAUGCCACCAUGCAAUUCUGUGCCAACAAACUGGAUAAGAAGGACUUCUUUGGGAAGUCAGACCCCUUCAUGGUCUUCUACAGAAGCAAUGAGGACGGCACGUUCACCAUAUGCCACAAGACUGAAGUGGUGAAGAACACGCUGAACCCUGUGUGGCAGCCCUUCUCCAUCCCUGUCAGAGCCCUCUGCAAUGGAGACUAUGACAGGACAAUCAAAGUGGAGGUGUACGACUGGGACAGAGAUGGAAGCCACGAUUUCAUCGGUGAAUUCACCACCAGCUACAAAGAGCUGUGUCGAGGUCAGAGCCAGUUAAACAUCUAUGAGGUGGUGAACGCCAAGAAGAAAAUAAAGAAGAAAAGAUACGUCAACUCUGGCACGGUGUCCUUGCUGUCAUUCAACGUGGAGUCAGAGCACACCUUUCUGGAUUACAUUAAAGGAGGGACUCAGAUUCACUUCACAGUGGCCAUUGAUUUCACUGCAUCAAAUGGAAAUCCAUCCCAGUCCACUUCACUGCACUACAUGAACCCGUACCAGAUGAAUGCCUAUGCCAUGGCCCUGAAGGCCGUGGGAGAGAUCAUCCAGGACUACGACAGUGAUAAGAUGUUCCCUGCCCUGGGAUUCGGUGCUAAGCUGCCCCCUGAUGGAAGGGUCUCCCAUGAGUUUCCUCUGAAUGGCAACAUCGAAAACCCCUACUGUAAUGGCAUGGAGGGGAUCCUCGAAGCUUACCAUCAAAGCCUUAAGACGGUUCAGCUGUAUGGACCCACCAACUUCUCUCCUGUUGUGAAUCAUGUGGCAAGGUAUGCAGCAGCAGUGCAGGAUGGCUCCCAGUACUUCGUCCUGCUCAUCAUCACUGACGGCGUCAUAUCAGACAUGGCUCAGACAAAAGAGGCCAUAGUGAAUGCUGCUAAACUCCCUAUGUCCAUCAUCAUCGUAGGAGUUGGCCAAGCAGAGUUCGAUGCCAUGGUUGAGCUUGAUGGUGAUGACAUCAGGAUUUCCUCACGGGGGAAGUUGGCAGAAAGAGACAUUGUACAGUUUGUCCCAUUCAGAGAUUACAUGGACCGCACGGGCAACCACGUUCUUAGCAUGGCACGGCUUGCUAAAGAUGUAUUGGCUGAGAUCCCUGACCAGCUGAUCUCAUACAUGAAGAGCAGAGGGAUCAAACCCAACCCUGUCCCACCGGCUUACUCAGUCGACAACCUUCCUCAGACUAACUCUGUUUGAGCCCCACGCAAAGCUUUGUGUUUGGGCGGUGCACAGUUGGCACUGAUGGGAACCUGCAUCCACAAGCAUCGUCUGGGAAAUGGUAAACGCUUGAAGUCCUUAAACAAUAAUCUGGCUCGAUCAAAAGAGAUGAGACUCCAUUUUACUUUUGGAGAAAUGAGACUUCUUUUGGGUGAACCUGCCAAUGAUCAGGGAGUUUUUUUGUUUUCUCUCUGAGUGCUGGAGGAUGAAAGAGCAAAGAGGAGUCGGGUGUGUGAGGAGGUUUUAGUUGUUCGCUGUCAAACCUGUCAAAGUGGUGAUGUAAUGGAUAGCAAGUGAACUGAUAGAGAGCCUGAUUGAA